UAUUUCAAAAUAAAAUACCAUCGUGAGUGUGGUGUGUUUAUAUAUGUAAAUAAACAUUGUUGAUGUUUUUUUUUGCGUUGUAUAAAAUAUUUACUGAAGGGAGUGUGAGCUCUGAAGUCAAAUUGUAAAUGUGUUUAUAUAUAAAGUUUGUUGUUGUUAUUUUUUCUUAAUAUAAAUUCAUACUGGAUGGUGUGUGAGUUUUGAAGUAAAUAUGAACGAUGGAUUUGAAAUGUGUGAUAGUGUAAGUGGUAAGAGAAUUGACGGAGAUGUGGUACAUUUUGGUUCGGAAUCAGAAGAGGAGAAUGAUAAUAUAAUACGCGAUGAGUUUCAUACCUUGGAUGAGGUACAAGAAGCAAUAAGGAAACAAGGACUAGAAACUUGUAACCUGAUUUUCGGUAUAGACUAUACAAUGAGUAAUAAAAGUCAAGGUUUGAAGACAUUUGAGGGUAGGAACUUACACUCCAUAUCCGACACAUUGAUAAACCCGUAUCAAAAGGUAAUGUGUAUACUCGGUGAGACACUAGAACCUUUCGAUGAAGACGGUAUAAUUCCUGUUUUUGGUUUUGGAGACAAAAAAUGCCGGGACAAAUAUGUAUUUGAACUAAAACCAGGUACCAAGUGUGAAGGAUUUAGCGAUGUGUUAGAUGUAUACAAUGAAGUUACACCUACAAUUAAACUUGGCGGACCAACCAAUUUUGCACCAUUGAUUGAGAAAGCUAUUGAGAUCGUUAGAGAGACAAAUGAAUAUCACAUACUUGUAAUUGUUGCCGACGGUCAGGUUUCCAGUGAAGAAGCGACAAAGAAAGCUUUAAUAGAAGCAUCGCAUUAUCCCAUCUCUAUAGUAGUUGUUGGUGUCGGCGAUGGUCCUUGGGGAUCAAUGAAAACUUUUGACGAUGGACUUACUGAAAGAAAGUUUGAUAAUUUCCAGUUUGUAAAUUUUCACGAAGUAAUGAACAAAGCAGAAAAUCCAGAAGCUGCCUUCGCACUUAAUGCAUUGAUGGAAAUACCAGAACAAUAUAAGUACUUAAAACAGGCAGGCCUUAUACAAUAAUCAAAGAUGAUUGUUGAUCCUUUUCUUCAUUUUGAUGUAUUAACCCGUAAUCUGCUUAAUUUUUAUAAUGAAUUUGUCCAGCUUUAAAUUUGGAACAAUUCAUUCAAAGAAUAAGGGAAUUAGAUAUCAAAAUAGAAAAACUGAGCAACCAAAAGUAUAGAACCCGGUCAAAUUGCAUGGAUGUACAGACUGACCUUGCUCAAUACUUGUGGUCAAGGCUAGUCACUUCCGGCAAAAGCAGGCUAAGGGUUAAUGAAGCUGUUGUAAAUAUUAUAUAGUAUAUCAAUAACAAAAUAGAAACUUUAUUUUUUUCUGCUUUAGUGCAGAUUUAAUUUUGUAUUAUGUAAUUACAUUCAGAAGGUCAUUAUGCCUCUCCCUUUUAUAAGAGGUGUUAAUACAGACAAAUUA